GACAUUAAUUACAGGUUAGUUAGCGCAGUGCAAGGAAUAAUUGCAUCUACAGCAGGAAUCAUAAUUACUUCAUCUUGCAAUGAUAUAAUGAAAGAUACGUAAGUAUAACUAAACGAGAUUUUGUUAAAUCUUGAUUGCUGAACUAAGGCUAGUAAUUUUAGCAGAUAUUACUCAAAUUUUAUGUUUAAAAACUUUUAUUUAAAUAUUGUUGUUAAACUAGAUUACUUUUAGAAAAGGCUGUGACUAUGAAGAUGACAUUCAAAUAUCUUUCAUUUGAUACCUCAUUUUGUCUUACACACCAAACAAUAAAAUUUUAAACAGUUUUUUAAUCCCAACCUCUCACUUCUGGUACCCGGGUAUGGAUAGCCACUUCGUUAAGAAAAAUAGGUCUGUGCUGAUGCAAUCGUUAACUGCUGUCAUUUAUCAAUAAUUGAUGACAUUAUUGAAACAUUAGCACAUUAAAUCAACAGUUUCUCCUAUAAUUUCAGACACUGGUUAACAAAUGCUUAUGUCUACUUCGGAAUGCCUUAUUUUUUAUAUGAUAUGUGGGCAAUGUAUUCCUACCAUGUACGUGUCAAUGACCAUCUUUAUGAAAAACUGGACACAUUUCAGAGGAUAAAGAUGUUUGUUUAUAAAAAUGCUUUGAUGGUAGCUCAUCAUUUAUUGCUACCAAGCAUUUUAUUGCCUCUUGUACUUGUAAGUGGUUUAAUUUUCAUUCAUCAUAAGUAAUUUCAGUUAUUAAUAAAUUAAGAUGAAGGAAACAUUAAUAAACAAAAUUUUGGAAGUCGGGUCUGAAAACAAGUUAUAUGGAGGGAAAAAAAAUUAUUUUUAUUAUUCAAAGCAUAGAAUUUGGGUAAGAAGGUAAAUAACUGCUUCAUUAUAAAUUAUUUGAAAUAACAGCAUAUAUAUUUUCUGAACCAUUUAGAUAUACAGAGAAGACAAAGGAGAUUUUUUCUUUGGAGCCUUCUUCAUGAUUGAGAUGGUAGUACCAUUUAUAUCAGCAAGAGAAAUCCUCUUACAGGUAUUUGAUGCCAAUUUAUGCAUUGUGUUAUAAAAUUUGAUGCCACAUAGUCAUAUUUUAAUCUUUUGAUUAUGUGUGCAUAAAAAGCUUAAACGUAGUGCACGCUUUUUAAACAUAAUAUCAAUUAUAAUAACAAAAAAAAGUGAUAUGAUAAAUCCUUCAUUAAAAUUAUAAUAUCAGUUUUAAAACAAAAACAUUACAUAGCCAUGAAAUUUUAGACUUCACUAAGUCAAAGAAAAUGAAACAUCUUGUUUUCUGCACCUUACAGCUCAAUAUGAAACACACUCGACUAUACUUCUACACAAGCCUUUCCAUGAUAGUCAUGUUUUUCAUCUGCCGACUGGCUGCCUUCCCAUAUCUUUACUACAAGUAUGCCCAAUAUGCUGGGAUUUCAUUCUUUGAUGUACCCUAUGUCAUCCCAAAGAAGUGCAACUUUUCAUGUCUUUUGAUAUUGGCUCCUCAGGUGUAUUGGUUUAUUUUAAUGAUAAAGGGAUUGCAUAGGGCAGUGUAUAAAAUCCAACAAUAAAUAACUGAAAACCAUCAGUUUGUUAAACCACAAAGUUGUUCAAUCCUGAGCACCGCUCAUACACAUCCACAAAUUAACAAAGUGCGGA